GAAAUUCACCUAUCACUGUGACAGACAGGCAGAAUGAAAGGCAUUUGCAGGUUUUUUCAGCGAUUUUUGCAUCUCAUUCUUUGGCUGGCAGGUCUUACCCUGAUAGGAUACUUUCAAUACUAUGCUAGAGAGGACAUCAAGCAGACGCAUCCUUCCAAAAUUUGUCAACCCAUCACAGAUGUCAUGUUCCUCAAGACCCACAAAACAGCCAGCAGUACAAUACUCAACAUCCUCUGCCGCUUCUCAGAGAAACAUAACCUCACCAUGGCCUUACCCUAUGGGAAUGAGCCCCAUCUUGGCUAUCCUAAUCCCUUCCAUGUAUCAUAUGUUGAGGAAUUCAAAACGCUGGGGAAAAAGUUCAACAUCAUGGGCAAUCAUCUAAGGUUUAAUUGGCAACAGGUCAGAAGAAUAAUGCCAAAUAAUACCUUUUAUUUUUCUAUCCUGAGACACCCAGCAUCAUUGCUUGAAUCAUCUUAUGUCUACUACAAAACUGUUGCACCAGCAUUUAGAAAAUCCAAGAAUAUUAAUGAAUUUCUAUCAUCUCCUUGGUCAUACUACAAUAUGACAGAAAAUAAUAAUAUGCAUGCUAAGAACAACAUGUGGUUUGAUUUUGGAUAUAACAACAAUGCAGAAUACGAUGAGCGUUAUAUCCAGUCUGUCCUGCAUAACAUAGAAGAGAUUUUUCACCUGAUACUGAUUGCUGAUUUUUUUGAUGAGUCAAUGAUUCUUCUGAAGGAUUUUUUGUGCUGGGAUCUGGAUGAUGUGAUUUAUUUCAAGAUGAAUGCCAGGAGCCAACAUAACAUUCAGACUCUGAAUCCAGAGAAUAAGGAGAAAGUGAAGGAGUGGUGUGCUUUAGAUUGGGAACUUUAUAAACAUUUCAAUAAAUCAUUUUGGACGAAGAUUCAGGAAAGAAUGGACCUCAAAACCCUGUACAAGGAAGUUGAUCUUUUGCAGAAGAGACAAAAGGAACUGAUGGAGACAUGCCUCUUGGAAGAAACUGCAAUUGAGCACUAUCAAAUUAAAGAUAAGAAUAUGAAGCCUUUUCAAGCAGGAAAUGCUCAUAUCAUGGGUUACAAUCUCAGACAAGAUUUAGACAAUAAGACCCUGAACGUCUGUAAAAAGAUGACCAUGCCAGAACUCCAAUAUACAGCCCAUCUAUACAAUUCACAGUUCCCAUUUAAAAAGAAGAAAAAUUUAAUUAGAUGAGUUCCUUUAAUAACACCAUUUUUCUGUACUGAGGACCAAUCUCUGUGGCAUUCUAGACUUCAGUUUUUCUUCAUCAAAAAUACUCCAGAUUAGCCUCAAUGCCUUUUCAGAGUCAAAAAUGAGGUGGAAAUUAGAGUCACUGUUUGUGAACACCAAUCCUGAAGCUCUAAUCUUACAGAAGUCUUAAGGGACAACAAUUACAAAGUUACCAAAAAAAUCUUACAGAAUCAUUCUGAUCAACGUUUAAAUCCAUUCACCAUUUCAGUACCGUGGUGAUAAAGAUUAAAGACAGAUCUCUGACCAUACACGGACACAACCCCCUUCCAAACAGUGGGCUGGAUCAUAUCCACAGUUCUCAAAUUGUCAUAGAAUCAGAAUUAAAAGCUAUAUCUGAGACCACAAAUUAUA